AUGGCUGAGGUCGAAGGGGUCGAUAUUUCUUUUGAACCUCGGGCGAAAGACUUUAUAGAGCUUCAUGAUCAAGUUGAAGAGAGUUUAGCUCUUCUUUCAUCAUUAGAAUCGUUUUUGGGGACGUUUCAGAAGGAUUUGACCGCCGUAUCGGGUCACAUAUCAGACCUCCAAUCGCGGAGCAGAGAGUUCGAUACGCGUCUACAAGGGAGACGUAAUGUUUUUAGUAAUAUAUCUCAAUUAGUCUCCUCGAUUACCAUACCACCAGAACUGGCACUCACCAUACUCGACGAGCCCGUCUCGGAUGCUUGGAUCCCAGCCAUCCAACAGCUCGAAACUCUAAUAGUGUCCAUCUCCGCACAUGCAAGUGGUAUUCACCUUGACGGGUUGAGUGCUCCUCGUCAGCCUAAAUCGAAAGCCGCCAAGGACCUUGAAGGAGUCGUCGAAGGCUUACGAAUCACGGCUGCUACCAAAAUACGAACCAAAUUCCUAUCACUCAUAAACCCCAUUCGAACGAGUCUCACCACAAACAUUCAAGUCCUCCAAACUACCCUAUUCAUCAAUAAAUACCUCCCUCUCUAUCGCUUCCUCCAGCGUCGUGCUCACCCAACCGCCGAUGAGAUAAAAAAUACAUACAUGCGUUGCACCAAGCUAUAUUACGAGACUGGAAUGCGACGGUAUACCCGCAGCCUCGGUCAUAUCAAAGCAAAGAUAGCUGAAGCUGCCACUUUGAUAGGGGCACCCUCAACGGCCACUUCUGGUCCACAGGACUCAAAAGUCGAUGAUGGCCGUCUGGCACAUGGCAAGAUGGACGGUCCAGGCGUCAUCCUUGCCUACCAAGCAGAUGAGAAAACCUUUACCGCCCCUUCCGAGGCCCUCUUUCGUUCAUCCGUCCUCGUGCUUCUCGACAAUGCAAGCGCAGAGUACGCUUUCAUCCGACACUUCUUCAAAGUAGAAGAGUUCAAAUCACCCGAACCGAUCUUACCUUCUUUUUCCUCCCCGACCUCGACGCCGACCCCACAACAACAACAACAACAACAACAACAACAACAGCGACAACGACGGCGAGAGGAAAAAAAACAAGGAGGGGAUGAUGAUGAUGAACUAGAACGUACACGACGAAAAUCUGUAUUCGAUUCAGUGCCUCCAAGUCCAAUUCCCCCUAGAAAUGCUUUGACCCGCUCGCAAUCCCGAGUCGUUUCUUUUUCUGCUGAUGGGCAGCAAUCGUCAGCUGAUGAUCGCAAAGAUAAGGAGCACGAAAAGGCCUCCAUAGCGAUAUGGAAACAAAUUUUUGAUCCAGUCAUUCCUUACGUCCAAACUUUAAUAACGUCCCUAAUAACACCCCCACCUCCACUCAUCCCACUUCUCACAAUGAUCCGUCUCUCCGACGCCGUCCUCAAAGAAUCCAACUUCCGUGGAUGUGUACCGCUCGAAGAGUUCUUCCUUGGCUUACGUUUCCAACUUUGGCCUCUCUUCCAAAAGCAAAUGAGCGAUAAUGUCGAAAGUCUCAAGAAACUGGUAGAUGGUGGAGGUGCUGCUGGCGUCACGCUUGCUGGUAUGUUUAGCGCGGGUUCUAAAGGGAACGUAAAGGAUGAGGUGGUGCAUUUGGUGGCGGCGAGAUAUGCUACUCUUUUCUCUUCUGUCAUUGCGCUAAGUGAGGAUGAAGAAGAAGUUAUGUUGUUCUCAAAUCUUCAACGCAUGCGCCAAGAGCUCAAUCGCCUCAUCAUGACUCAAGCUAGCAAGAUGAAAGAUCCAGCGCAAAGUGCAACAUUCACAUCCACCCUCUGUGGAAGUCUUUUACAUUUUAUCAGCUCUGGUGAGAGAUUAAAUACCCAUCCGAAAGCUCAAGCGGAACUUUCCUUCUGGAGGGAACGCGAAGAGCAAGCACAACGACGAUUAGCAUCAACUCGGAAGUAA